AUGGAUCGAGAGCUUCAUAGGCCUUGUGCAGUUUUUGAUAGUGGUGUUCCCUCAAAGUGGAAAUUGGACCGGACCGAGGGUCGUAACCGUAUGCGUCUUCGUAUGGUGCCCGAUCGUGCUGCUCCGACUUAUGAUUACAAACCGAAAAGACGUCCCACGGAGACAAAUACAAACGAUGUUUUGCAGGUAAACACGAAAACUGGCGGUCUCGCCCCGGCUCAGAACCUUGAUUCAACGUCCAGCUCUGCAGUAUCACCACCUGGAGACCCUGAGAGUCAAAAUGGAUCCGAGGUGAAGACUGAGAAUCCAUCAGAGGAAGAAUCAGGUGAAAUACACGAUAGUGUUGUUCAAGAAGAAGACUUUGAACUUGUUGAUGAUCCUAAUGACCCUGGCGAUGGUGAUGAUGGAUUUGAGGACAAAAAUCGAAAGGUCAUGCGCAGUCUUCAAAGAGGAGAUUCGGUGCAACAUGUUUUUAAUAUUUCUCGAAUCAUUGGACUCGAGGCAGUUGAGGGCUUAUUGAUUCUAGGCAAAGAUUCCCUCUACUUGAUUGAUAAUGUCUUCCAAAGAUCUGACGGAGAAAUCGUGAACGUUGCGAUGGCUCCCAAAGAGGAAAGGGAUCCUUAUCUACAGAUGAUUGCUGGUCACAAGGCGAAUGAGAAAACAACGCAAGCCCUCAGAACUGAGCAAGAAUCGAGAAGUUGGAAGUGGAGCGAUGUCAUCAGUAUUUCUAAACGUCGUUUUCUGUUUCGAGAUGUUGCUGUGGAAGUCUUCUUCACGGAUGGUCGUAGUUAUCUACUUACAGCCAUUUCGGCCACGCUUAGGGAUGAUCUCUUUGCCAGGCUCUCCUCAAAGGCUCCACAUACCAGUGGUAAUUCCGUUUUACCAAAUCCAGAAGAUGGUUGGCGUCUUGAGGCUCUCAAAGUAUCGGAUGACGCACCUGCUACUUUUGGUUCCAAAUUUGGUAACAUCUUCAAUUCUUCUGCUUGGAACCCAGCAAUGCGACGAUGGGCAAAAGGGGAAAUCUCGAAUUUUCACUAUCUAAUGCUCGUCAACACAAUGGCUGGUCGUACUUUCAACGAUCUUACACAAUAUCCUGUCUUCCCUUGGGUUCUGGCCGAUUACACGAGCGAAGAGCUGGAUCUCAACAAUCCUGCUUCAUUCCGAGACCUCACGAAACCUAUGGGUGCGCAGCACAACUCACGUCAAGCAGACUUCAUUGAGAGAUAUAAAACAUUUGCGGAAAUGGACAACACUACACCUGCCUUUCAUUAUGGAACCCAUUACUCGUCAGCCAUGAUCGUUACAUCAUAUUUGAUCAGACUUCAACCUUUCGUCCAAUCAUACCUGCUACUUCAAGGUGGUAACUUCGACCAUCCUGAUCGUUUAUUCUAUUCGAUUGCGAAAGCUUGGGACUCUGCAUCUAGAAAUAACAUGUCUGAUGUGAGGGAGCUCAUACCAGAAUUCUUUUACCUUCCAGAGUUCCUUACAAAUAAUAAUGGGUACAAUUUCGGCUUACGACAAGGGGACGGUGGAGGUAUAGAUACUGUUGCCCUUCCGCCGUGGGCUAAAGGCGAUCCAAAAAUAUUCAUUGCCAAACAUCGCGAGGCUUUAGAAAGCCCGUACGUGAGUAAGUAUCUACACCAGUGGAUUGAUCUUAUUUUUGGUUGCAAGCAACGCGGAGAAGCCGCUGUUGAAAGUGUGAACGUAUUCCACCAUCUUUCAUAUCAUGGUGCAAAGAACCUUGAUACCAUCGAAGAUCCUAUCGAAAGACUAGCUACGAUUGGAAUUAUUCAUAACUUUGGUCAAACCCCUCAUCAGGUCUUUACCAAACCUCAUCAAUCUCGAGAAGAUAUGCGUCAAAGACCGAGACGACUUGACACUUCAGCUGAAUUUCUAACACGUCUACCAUUUCCCUUGAUCGAAAGUCACGAACGUGUCGCAUCACUCAUUUACUCGGCCAAGUUAGAUCGACUUCUUUGCUCUACAGCAUUCCGCCUCAAUCUUCCUCCAACGUAUGAUAAAUACUUAGAAUGGGGUUUCGCCGACAACAGCGUCCGAUUCUACUUCAACGACUCCAAAAAGCUCGCUGGUCUUUUUGAGAACCUUCAUCAAGGACAACUAUCUACCGUCAUUUUUGCAUCCUCACAAACUCUCAUCACAGCUGGUGAAGAUUGUGUAAUUUCCGCGCAUACAAUCAUGACUUCACCAUCUAAACAUGUUGAUCUUCAACCACGCUCGUCUCUCUUCGGACACAAAACACCAGUCACUACUCUUGCAGUCAGUAAAUCCUUCAGUACAAUGCUUAGCGCAUCUUCCGAUGGCCUCGUACUUCUCUGGGAUCUAAAUCGCUUGGAAUUCGUCCGCAAACUCACUCAUGGUCGGCCUGUAGAAUGCGCGCGCAUUAAUGAUGUAAGUGGGGAUAUUAUGUUAUGUCGCGGCCAAAAAGUUGCUCUUUAUACCUUAAACGGAGAAGCACUUCUCGAGCAAAGUGUAUGCGCAGAUCUAGGACAUGAUGAUUAUAUACAUAGCUGUGCAUUCUACGAAGGUACUGGAAAUGAGUGGCUGGAGAGAACAUUAAUAUUCACGGGUCAUAAGAGGGGAAUAGUAUGUAUAUGGCGAAAAGUUGUGGGUAAAAAUAGUGGGAAAUGGGAGUUGGAGUUGGUGAAGAGGUUGGAUCAUGUGGAUGAAGUAAGGAGGGAUGUUAGUGUCAAUAGAUCUACAGGCGCGCAUGGAAGAGUUACGACGGUGAAUGGAAAUGUAGAAGCGGGUAUAAGUUGUGUGGUGCCGAUGGAGAAGGGGGUUUAUACUGGAGAUGAAGACGGGAGAGUGUCCAACGCGAACGAUAAUAUAACUCUAGCAAAGUAA